AUGCUUGCGACCAUGACACCCAAACCUCGAGUCUUGCACUGGUUUCGCACCGACCUCAGAACACAUGAUGCUCCGGCUCUUCGCGCUGGGCUGGCUCUAAAGCCCGAGGUUUGGUAUCCUGUCUGGUGCUGGGAUCCUGAAUAUGUUUACUCCAUAGGCCUCACCCGGCUCAAUAACAAGUCAAAACUACUCGUGAUUCGCGGUAGUCCUUAUACUGUCUUACCUAAACUAUUUCAUGACUGGAAGAUAACUCACCUAGUUUAUGAACUGGACACCGGGGGUUAUGCUCAAGAACGCGACAAACGUGUGCGAGAAAUUGCAACCAAAAGCAAGGUUGAGGUAAUAGAUGUUCUUGGGCAUAGCUUGUACCAUCCCGCCGAAGUCCUUGAAAAGAAUGGAGGAAAGGCCACUACGACCAUUACUCAGUGGCAAAAGGUAAAUGAUAUGCCUAUUUCUAAACAAUCUACUUUAACGCGUACCGGAAAGGCUGCUUCGAAGCUCGGCUCUGUACCACGUCCUGUUGCAGCCCCAAGAGAGCUAAUCUCUCCAGGAGAUUUGCACCUUAACUCACUGUCUCGUGAGGACCAUCCAGUGAACCGGGAGCACGAUUUGAACGAAAAGACAAGAAUUGGUCCAGUUACGUGUUUUGAUACGCUCAUUGGUCCCAAAGGUGACUUUGCUAUACCAACCCUCGAAGAGCUGGGCUAUCCAAAACCGACCACCACCAUACGCGGCGGAGAAAAAGAGGGCAGGACUCGUUUGUUUGCGUUCAAUAAAGAAGAUAAUGGGAACCGCGCCGCUCUGUUCGAGAAACCUAAAACUAGUCCCGGUAUACCAGGACCAUUUGGAACGUCUGAGCUAAACAAUGAGCACAAGGAGCAUUUUGGGACAGAUUCACAGGAAGAUGAAGGAGAAUUCGACCAUGUUUCAGAAGAUACACAGAUUGAUGUUACAAGGCCUUCAACUACUUUGAUGUCGCCUUACCUUAAAUUUGGUUGUGUCGGUGUGCGGGAAUGUUAUUGGUCCUGGCAUGAUAUUUUAGUAAACGCUCCCAAGUCAGCUAAAAAACCCGAGAAUCUGCUUGGUCAAUUAGAAUUCAGGGAUAUGUAUUAUACCGCUGAGCUCGCUGUUGGUGGUACAACCUUCGCGCGUGUGCAAGGAAAUUCCAUAUGCCGGCGAGUGGCUUUCCAUAAAGUUCGGCGCUACAUCCCAUGGCGCUGCCAGACCGUCUAUUCUGAUGACGGUGAUCAAGUUAUUCCCAGACCCAAGGAUGAUCAACACCCUCAAGCAGAAGAAUGGCUGGCAGCUUGGGCUGAAGGACGAACUGGCUUCCCAUGGAUAGAUGCACUCAUGCGGCAGCUACGUGAAGAGGGAUGGAUGCAUCAUUUAGGAAGGCAUUCUGUCGCUUGUUUUCUUACCCGUGGCCAGUGUUAUAUUAGUUGGGAGCGUGGUGCUGAGGUCUUUGAUGAAUAUCUUAUCGACUGGGAUCCUGCAUCCAACUACGGAAAUUGGAUGUGGCUUUCAUGCAGCGCAUUCUUUUCACAAUUCCUUCGUGUUUAUGGUGUCGCAACAUGGCCUUCAAAAUUCGACAAGACCGGAGCCCUCGUUCGUAAAUAUAUUCCAGAACUACGAAAAUUUCCUGAUCAGUACAUAUAUGAACCAUGGCUUGCUCCCAAAUCUGUGCAAAGAGAAGCUGGAUGCAUUAUCGGAAUAGAUUAUCCAGCACCCAUGUUGGACGAGAAGGAAGAGAAGAAUCGAAAUAUCGAAAGGAUGAGGGCUGCGUACCAGGCCGGUUUGUACGGGGAUUCGCCUAAAGUUCUCUCUGGGAAUGCGGUUAUCGAACUCCCUAAUAAGCCGGAGGAGGGUGAAGAAAGCAAAGCUGGCACAAAGCGGAAAGCGGAUAAGAGCGCAGCUGCUAUAACUUUGGCGGGCUUUACGGUCCUUCCCCUACACCUUCAAGGAUCCGUGGAGCAUUUUCUAUACCUCCGGCAAAACCAGUCUGGGUCAAAUAUCAUCGACGCUAGUGCGAAACCUAAUGGCAGGACUGUAUUCCUAGUCAACGUUCCUUGUGAUGCAACAGAGAGAGAUCUCAUUUCCCUGUUCAAGUCCGCAGGAACUAUCGAAAGAGUCAUGUUCGGCCAACAACUGACUAUGCCAAACGAGGAUGUUGAGGAGGAGCAAGAGGAACAAGAGGAGCAGGAGGAAGUAGAAGGGAACAACGAUAGGGCCAACUCCAAAUCCAAAUCCAAACCCAAAACUUCACUUCCUCCCAAGCCAACUCCGCUAAUCGACACCUCAAUUCGCAGCUCUAGUGUCUCUGGAAGGACGGCACACGUCGUAUUCCUGGACGAAUCUUCGCUGAGUCGUGCGCUGUCCCUUCCGUCCUCUUCCAAGAAUCCGCUGUCCUGGCCUCCUGCAGAUACCUCAGCCGAACCAAGAGGAUUGGGGCUGUACCUCAAGCGACACCAAUUGUUGCGUCCUGCGCUUGAUGCUGUAUCGACACACGUCGAUACUUUCAUGCAGCACUUCGACUUUGAGCAGAAUGCCAAGCGUGCUGCUGCUGCGUCUCAAUACAAGAAGGGCGUACCUAUUGUUGACGACGAUGGAUUCGAGCUUGUCACUCGGGGAGGUGCGUACGGCAAGACGGUUGGGGGCGGGGUGGGUGUAGCCAGCAAGAAAUUCGAGUUGGCGGCCAAGCGUGGGGAGCUUACCGCGGGGAAGAAGAGAAAGAAGGGAAGGGAUAAAUCCAAGGACCUUGAAGGACUGUACGCUCAUGAACAGCGCGAAAAGAAACGCAAAUCAUUUAUGGAAUUGCGUGAAAGGUUCGAAGAAGACAAGAAGAAAGUUGCUAAGCUCAAGUCUACCAGGCGAUUCAAGCCUUAUUAA